CAUUCCAGGCACACUGCUGUACCAGCUGUCCCCACUGCAGAGGACUUCUCCCACCCCUGCUGCUUCCAUGUCCAGUGUUUGACCCAGGGUGUGGACUGGGGGAUCCUGGAGCCAACUGACUGCAGACCUUUGCUACUAUUUCCUCCUCCAGCUUUAAAACCAACCACAAGGAAAGCGUUCUGUGGGGGCACUGGGAUCUGAAUGCCCAACUAUGGAUCCCUUAAGUGUGGUCAAUUCAAGCAGACCCCAGAAAUCAGGUAAUCUUGGCCAGGACUCAGGAGCAAUGUCGCAACAACUCCUCUACCGUGCUCUGGUGUCUGCAAAAUGGCUUGCAGAAGCCAUCAAGUCCCAACAAGCUGGUCUGGCCUUGAGAAUCUUGGAUGCAUCCUGGUAUUUGCCAAAGAUGAAGCGUGACCCGAAGCGGGAAUUCGAGGAACGCCAUAUCCCUGGGGCAGUUUUCUUUGACAUUGACCAGUGCAGCGACCGUACUUCACCUUAUGACCACAUGCUGCCCAAAGCUGAUGACUUUGCCGAGUAUGUGGGGAAGCUGGGUGUAGGGAAUGAUUCCCAUGUUGUGGUGUAUGAUGGCAGCGACCAAGGCCUCUUCUCAGCGCCCCGGGUGUGGUGGAUGUUCCGGGCCUUUGGACAUGAAGCCGUCUCCCUUCUGGAUGGUGGCCUGAAGAACUGGCAGCGAGAGGGGAAUGCGCUGAGCUCUGGGAAAAGCCAGGUAGCUCCCUCUGAGUUCCAUGCCUCCUUGGACAAGUCCCUGGUGAAAACGUAUGAGGACGUCUUGGAUAAUUUGGAUUCCCACCGCUUCCAACUAGUGGAUGCACGCGCUGCGGGACGAUUUCGGGGAGUAGAGCCAGAGCCCCGAGAUGGAAUUGAGCCUGGUCAUGUCCCUGGGUCGACGAGCAUCCCCUUCACUGAUUUCCUGACAGAGUCUGGCUUAGAGAAGACCCCUGAGCAGAUCCGCAGUCUGUUCCAGGAGAAGAAGGUGGACCUCUUGAAGCCACUGGUAGCCACGUGUGGCUCUGGUGUCACUGCCUGCCAUGUGGCUCUAGGGGCAUACCUCUGUGGCAAACCAGAUGUUGCUGUGUAUGAUGGGGCCUGGGUGGAAUGGUACAUGCGGGCACAGCCUGAAAACAUUAUUUCUGAGGGAAAAGGGAAGACAGUGUAAUAAGCUGCUUCAUCUCCCAGCUCUGCAGAUAAAUUUGCCUUGAAACAGGAUGUGGAGAAGAUGGGUUUAGCAUUCCUGGUUAAGUAACUUGAGGUGAAGGUUUUGGGUACAAUUAUGGACACACGGUGUUUGGAACUUUCUCCUUACUCUACUGCUGAUGAUAAAAAUGACCUGGGCAGCCAGUUUCUGGUGGGUUAAGCCCAGCCGGUAACUCAGAACCAUGCAACCUUUGCCUCCUUCUCCCUCUGCCCCACUCUGGUUGGCAUGGGGAGGAGAAUCGGAAGAAUGUAAACCCUACGAGUUGAGAACAGUCCAAUAACUAAACUAUAAUGUAAAACUACUACUAAUAAUGAUAAGGGAAAUAACAAGGGGAGAGAAUACAAAACUAAAAUGAGAAAGGGAAAAAACCCACAAACAAUAAACACCAGUGAUGCACAACACAAGUGCUCAUCACCCGCAGACCAAUACCCAGCCCAACCUGAGCAGCGAUCAGUCACUUCCAGGUGACUCCCCCUAGUUUAUAUACUGGGCAUGAUGUGCUGUGGUAUGGAAUACCCCUUUGGCUGGUUUGAGUCAGGUGUCCUGUCUCUGCUUCCUCCUGGCUUAUUGUACCCUUCCUCACUGGCAGAGCAUGAGACUGAAAACUCCUUGAAUGGAGUAGACAUUACUUAGCAACAACUAAAACAUUUGUGUGUUACCAGUGUUGUUCUCAGACUAAAGCCAAAACACAGCACUGCACCAGCUACUGGGAAGGGAAAAGUAACUAUUACAGCUGAAACGCGGACACAGCUCUAGGUGACCCUGCUAGAGCAAGCAGGGUGAAUCAGAUGUCCUCCCUUCCAACCUCAGCCAUUCUGUGGCACUCAGACCUUUUUACCAUAUCACAUAGAAGGGAGAGAGUGCUGGUGAUAGCAUGGGGAAGUAACUGAGUCAAGCCAAGCUCAUGACUCAGGGCAUUGCACCAUGUUCACUCACAGAAUGAUCAUACUUUUAUAACUGUGCCUCAUGAUCCUGCUCUCUGCCGUUGUCCUAGAAGCCAUCCAUGCACUUUAUGGCCACUUUGAAUGCAAAACUUUGGGGAAGGACAGCUGUUAAAGGAGCAAAUACGGCUUUCAGGUUGGCACUUAGGUAAGAGACUUGGUUUGGAUGCCUUCUUGCACUUGGACUUGUAACUGCAGUGUGUACUUAGCUAGUUUUGUACCCUCAUGGUCCAAAAUUCCCCUUGAGAAAAAACAUUCUGGGGUUUAAAAAGGGUAAAUAAACAUGUGUUUCAAGGUC